CCUCCUUUCCCUAGCUACCUCACACACAGCCCACACCACCUCUCAUCGACUCAUUUGCUUGCAUCUUCCAAAUCCUUGCAAAGCAACAACAAUCCUAGCAAGUUUAGCUAAGCAGGUAUAGCAGCCAUGGCUUCCAGGUUCCAGCUGAUUUUGUCGACCUUCGUUGUCAUUGCCGCUGUCACCAUGCUUCCACGCCCUUGCGCUUCCAUCGAGUUCCACCGCAAGCUCUCCAGCUGGUCCAAUGGCGGAGCUACGUGGUAUGGCGCUGCAAAUGGCGCCGGAAGUGAUGGUGGUGCAUGUGGGUACCAGGGUGCCGUCUUCCAGGCACCGUUCUCGUCUAUGAUCGCCGCCGGCAGUCCUUCCAUCUACAAGUCUGGCUUGGGCUGCGGCUCUUGCUACCAGGUGAAAUGCACUGGAAAUAGCGCUUGCUCGGGCAACCCGGUGACUGUCGUCCUCACCGACGAGUGCCCCGGAGGCCCGUGCCUCAGCGAGCCGGUCCACUUCGACCUGAGCGGCACGGCGUUCGGUGCCAUGGCGAACCCCGGCCAGGCCGACCAGCUGCGCGCGGCCGGCGUCCUCCAAAUCCAGUACAACCGCGUGCCGUGCAACUGGGGCGGAGUGAAGCUCACCUUCGUCGUGGACGUCGGCUCGAACCCCAACUACUUCGCCGUGCUCGUCAAGUACGAGAACGGAGACGGUGACCUCUCCGGCGUGGAGCUCAUGCAGACCGGCGCCGGCGCCGCCUGGACGCAGAUGCAGCAGUCGUGGGGCGCCGUCUGGAAGCUGAACGCCGGCUCGGCACUGCAGGCGCCGUUCUCCAUCCGCCUCACGUCCAGCUCCGGCAAGACGCUCGUCGCCAGCAACGUCAUCCCUUCCGGGUGGAAGCCCGGCAUGUCGUACAUAUCGACGGUGAACUUCUAACGAUCGCAAGCAAUAUCUCAACUUGCAUGCUUGCUGCAUGCAUGUGUCUGCAGUCUGCAGGCAUAUGUUAGAUCGGUUAUUCGUUGGUGCAACAACGAUGUGUGCUACAGGGCUACAGGUUUGUCGUAAGUGUGAAAUUAAUAACGGCGAGAUGCAGAGGCGGAGGCGCAGAUGAUUUACUAGUUCUCCCCUCCUCGCCGCAGUACGUGUCAAUGAUUAUCGUUAUACGUGUUUACUGUGUGUAUUAUUUGUAUCAGAACAGAGCCGACCAGUGCUUAUAAACGUGCUAUAUAUGAACAUAUUCGCAUU